UCACAUCGGGACAGUCUUGGCUAGCUCGCUAGCAGGCAGGGCUAGCUGCUGCUGCAUAUUCCGGGGAAGCAGGCGACUUAAAGCGAGGACGUGUUCUUGAAAUAAGAAGAAAAUCAUCCCGUUUCCAUGGACAACACGUCCAUCAUUACACAGGUAGCAAAUCCAAAGGAGGAGGAAAUCAAUUCUACGAGUCAGGAAAAAGUCUCGCAGUCGAACAGCAGCUUAAAGAAACACAGGAGCAGGAGCAUCUUCAGCCCUUUCUUCUGCUGCUUCCGCAACUACAAUGUGGACCCGCCGCUUCAGAACAACAAGACGUGUUCGCUGCCUCCACCUGCCGAGGAGAACACGGGCUCUCCUAAGUGUGAUCAAGUCCAGGUCAUCCCUAUCCCCAGUUCUCCAGCCAAAUACCUCUUACCUGAAGUCAGCAUCGCAGACUACGGCAAGAACUGUGUGGUGAUCGACCUCGACGAGACCCUGGUGCACAGCUCCUUUAAGCCCAUCAGCAAUGCAGAUUUCAUCGUUCCUGUGGAAAUCGAUGGGACAGUCCAUCAGGUCUAUGUGUUAAAGAGACCUCAUGUAGACGAGUUUCUGCAGAAGAUGGGUGAACUGUUCGAAUGUGUGCUCUUCACAGCCAGCUUAGCUAAGUAUGCUGACCCCGUGGCAGAUCUGCUCGAUCAGUGGGGCGUGUUUCGUGCACGUCUCUUCAGGGAAUCCUGUGUGUUCCACCGAGGGAACUACGUUAAAGACCUCAGCCGGCUGGGCCGACAACUCAGCAAAGUCAUCAUAGUGGACAACUCACCCGCCUCGUACAUCUUCCACCCCGAGAACGCUGUCCCGGUGCAAUCAUGGUUUGAUGACAUGACAGACACUGAGCUGCUGGAUCUUCUGCCUCUGUUUGAGGGUCUGAGCAGAGAGCAGGAUGUUUACAGUGUGUUACAGAGCCUGAGGGCCAGGUAGCACUGACACGCAAAGACUAUACGGCUCUACAAGACACACGCUCCAGGCGAAGCUGUCGCUUUUAGACGGCGCUACUGUCUUUUCUCACACAGGGGAGAAGGAAUGGACCUCAAACACCUAAGUGGACAAACCAUUUAUGUGCAUUCUGAAGUUUAUUGGACUGUAUACCACCCAGAGACAACUGCACAGAAAACCGUAGAAGGUUUGGAAGACGCUGUAGCGACUCGAGCCUUCGGUUCAUGCUAUGCAGACAGUCAUUUCUCGAACAGCAGUCUCCCCAACUGUGACUUUUCUCUUACCUAAAAAGAAAAAGUGCCUUCUGAACAUUUUUAUGAACAUAUAAACAACAUUUUUUUAUAUGCUGCGCAUUUCCAGACCUUUAAACAAAUAUUUGCUGUAAACCCGAGUGGACGGACAAGCCUUUAACACUGUUUAUUUAUUAUAAUAUUUUUUCCCAUUGAUUUGCCACCAGUCUUCAUCAAGCUAAAUGAACUGUGAUUGAAAAAAGACAGAUCUUUCUCUGGUUGUAUUUUUUAAAGAAAAAAAAAAGAAAAAAUUAAGUAAGCAUUGUGUUAAUGAGAAAAACAUUGAUUAGCAUCUAACUGCAGUUUGAAUAAGUGACAUGGAAACUGUUAACUCACGUAAAAUACAGUAGGAACGUUUACGAGCAUUUAUCAGAAUCAAAAAUAAAUGUUGCAAUCGAUAUCAUCCAUCUUUGGGUUGAUUUGUUUGUUUGUUUGUUCAUCAGUGGUAUUGUUUUGCCGAAGCAGCAAGCAAGACGCGUCAAAUUAGAAAGAUGUAAAAGCUUACAAGACCACACAGAUAUAUAUUUAACAAAUAAAUAUGUAAGUACAUAAAUUGAUUCGGAGUACAUUUUAUUCAUUUAUAUUCAGAUACACAUGAGGGACGUUCAAGUUAAACCGGGAUUUGUGAUACAGGAUACCCGAACAUAGUUUUGAAUAGGGAUGGGUACUGUAUCACCAGAGACCAGACAAUACAAUAUGAUCACGAUACUUAUGUGCAAUUCUAUUUGUAUUGCACUUCUCUUAAUAUUACAGUUUUAUAAAUAUAAAUUCCCAAUUUAAUAUUGUAAUAAUUUUGUUACAAUUUUACAAAAAGUUAACAGAAAUCACAUUUCAUCAGAAGGCCCGGUUUGACUUGAACACACCUUGAAGUUGUUGAACAACUCAUGUACAAU